AUGGCGGAAGAGACGAGCUUCGAGCGCUAUACUUCGUACGGUCGUGGUGGCGCGGGCAAUCUACGCCGUCCAUCCGCCGUCGAAGAAGCAACGAAGAAGCUUGCCUCCAUGGCUGAAGAAGUAGCAACCAAGCCCAGGCGAAGCAGUACCUGGAGCAUGAACUCGAACGGGGAACGGAGAGGCAGUAUCGCCAGUCUGAAGAACUUGUUCAGGCGUGGGAGUAACGCGGAGGAAGUGGAGAAGAUUGAGGAAUAG